AGUAAGAGAGCUGAAUAGUCGAGAAAAAAUCAAUGGCAAAUUAGAAAUAUUGAGACGAAACGACGCCACAGGCUCCACUAGUGGUGUCGUUUUAAUUGUCUUUAUUGAGAGACGUACUUGAUUAAAGGCGCCUACAAUGGAUUCGAAAUUGCAAGCUUUUUUCCUUUUUAAUUUUUUUUAGUAGAAAUUAAAAAGACAAUUUGAAAUUCAGAACUCUUCUCUUCUCUUCUAUUCUCUUCCAGAUAAUGUUUUCCUUACAAUUCCCGAUCCCCGUCGAGAACCUUCCAAAUCCGCCCAAAUUCCUUUUCGGUGGUUGCGCUCUUCCAAAGGCCGCCUAUGCCUUCGAACGGCGCCGUUUCUCCAACCACCGCCUGAGGGCGGCGGACGUGGCGGCUCCGGUGGCGGAGGAAGCGGCUUUGCCGCCAGGGCUGCAGAAGGAGUUCCUGCCGAGACACGUGGCGGUUAUUAUGGACGGAAAUGUGCGGUGGGCGCGGGGGAUGAAGUUGCCGGACUCCAAAGGACACGACGCCGGCGUACGGUCGUUACGGGAAAUGGUUGACCUUUGUUUGGAUUGGGAUAUUCCAGUACUCUCUGUUUUUGCCUUCUCUUAUGAUAAUUGGCUUCGCUCUAAGCGUGAGGUUGACUUUUUGAUGUUUUUAUUCGAAAGAGUUUUGAAGUCUGAGAUGGAAAAAUCUUCCAGAAAGGGAAUUAGAUUAUCGGUAAUUGGGGAUUUAUCACUGCUUCCAAAAUCCCUCCAAAACCUAAUAAACGAAGCAGUAGAAAGAACAAAAUCCAACACCAAGCUUCAACUUAUCGUUGCGGCGAGCUACAGCGGAAGAUACGACGUCGUUCAAGCCUGCCGAAGCCUUGCUCGCAAAGUGAAAAACGACGAGAUUCAAGUGGAAGACAUUGACGACAGCUUAAUCGAACAAGAACUUGAAACCAAAUGUACGGACAUUCCUCACCCCGAUCUCCUCAUCAGAACCAGCGGCGAACUCCGAAUCAGCAAUUUCUUGCUCUGGCAAUCGGCUUACACCGAAUUCUUCUUCACCGAAACGCUCUGGCCCGACUUCCGGAAGGAUGAUUUUGUUCAAGCUUUGCUUUCUUAUCAGACCAGGCAGCGGCGCUAUGGCGGAAGGCAAUCUUGAGAAUUCAUUAUAUGAAAUGAACCCUAAGAAGAAAAAGGGGGGAAAUGGUAUACCAUCAAUAGAAAAUAUAGUAUUAACAACACAUAGGAAAUUAAAUUACGGUGAAAAGAUGCGCAUGGAUGUAACUUCAAAAUGUAAUAUACCAAUCAAUAAUAAAUCCCAUCGUUGUAUUAAUUAAAA